UUGUCUGUGUUAGGACAAGCUGUCCUACUCACAGAAGGCACACAGGGGCUGUCAGGUCUGCCAUGAACAGUGCUGGGCAUGCAGGCAAACCACAGUCAGAUGUUUUAAAUCAUUCUUAGCUGAGCGCUUUGUGUAACCAGCAGUUUACACAGCAUAUCAAGUAGCAUCACUCUGAGUGAUCACUGUCAUAACCGUUUCACAAAGUGUGGUAGGACCAAGCCCUUAUUCCUGUAUCUGUCAUAGCAUCCCUCACCAGAUCUGAGAUUUCAGAAGUCACUAAAAAACAGAGCACGUGUGUGGAUGGGAAAUCAUGUGUGUUCAUGUGUGGAAGGGAAACCACAUGUACUGAGUGCACAGUUGUUGGCCUCUGCAUGUACCACUAUGGUAUCUGCUGUUCCCGCUGAGGCAAAGCAGGUGCCACAACAGCAGGUGGAUGCAUAAAACUCCGGGAAGCAGGGGAUGGUGCAGACAUAAGGAUAUUGCAGGCUCUGCUCCUGGUUGGAGUCCCAUCAGGGCUGUGAUUUGGGUCAGCGUUCACCAGCCCUGAGCUAAUCAGAAGGGCCAUGCUGGAGGACACAUUUUUGGAGAGCCGUUUCCUCCCCGUCUGCUGCUGGCUCUUGUGCAAUCACAGAGGCAGCGUGUCUGGGUGGGGGAGCGAUGAGCUGCUGGGAGGUGAUAUAAGGCAGGCAGCUGGGAGCACAACAAGGACCCAGCUGGCUGCGGGUGGGCAAGUGUGGAUUGGUCUGGCAAUGGAAGGGACUGUGACAUAUUUGCUGCUGUUCUCUGCCCUGUGCCUGGCUGGCUGUGAAAGCAACAAGAGUGAGCUGGCAAGCCCACACAGUUCGAGAGGAAGAUUUGCCCUGCGUGCCAAGAGGAGCUCAGAUGCCUGCAUGCCCAACCCAUGCCAGCACCAUGGGGGCUGCCAGGUGAUAGAGGACAGACCCAUCUGCAGCUGCAAACCUGGCUUCACAGGGGUGUUCUGCCAAGAUGUGGUACUGAAGUUGGCCUGUGAGGAAGAGCACAUGAAGAUGAUGGUGAGGAAGGAGGUGUUUGAACUGUUGAAAAUCCCCCGGGAACUUGUCCACUUGAAGAACCAGGCAUGCAAGGUUUCAGAAAGGGAAGAGGAGGGUGAGCUGUUUUUUGCAGCCACUCUCACAGGUGAAAACCACACUGCCUGUGGAUCAAUAAUUCAGCAAAACAGCUCCCAUGUGUCAUACUCCAACAUCAUUGAGACAGCGAGGGAAGCACACAGGGGUGUGAUCUCCAGGAGCUUUCAGCUGGAGGUGCAUUUUUCCUGCGUCUAUGCCUAUGAGCAGGUGGUGAAGGUGCCAUUUGCUCUCAUCCCUGUCGACAAGCUGGUACAGUUCAUGGUCAGAGAAGGGCACUUCAACGUCAGCAUGAGGCUGUACAAGACCGCAUCCUACCUUGAGCCCUACCAGCUGCCAGCUGCGGCCGUGCCCAUCACUGACACGCUGUAUGCCAUGCUGAAGAUUGAAGGGCAGCACCAGCUCCGGUACUUCCUGCUGAGUGUGGAGGACUGCUGGGCCACGCCAGGUGCAGAUCCCUACCAGGAUGUGCGACAUGAGCUCAUUGAGCAGGGGUGUCCCCAUGAUGAGACAGUGACAUACCUGAAUGCCAUUGGAGAGAGCACCACAGCCAAGUUCAGCUUCCAGAUGUUUCAGUUUGUAGGGUACCCCAAGGUAUUCCUGCACUGCCGUGUCCGGCUGUGUCUCCCUGACGGCCCUGAGCCCUGUGCCAAGCAAUGUCCCACUCUCUGGAGGAGCAAACGGGCGCUGGCAGAUGACUACAAUAAAAUUGUCUCCUAUGGACCCAUCCACCUGCUGGCUGCUCCUUCCCCAAGAGCAGACAGCCAGCAUCCCAGGGCUGACCAAAAGGAGCCGAAGGGACCCAGCCUGUGGCUCCCUGGGAUCCUCAUCCUGCUGUGUGUUCUUGGUGCGCUCACUGUGGCUGCUGCAGCUGUCAGCAUGAGAAGAUGUAUGGUGUAGAAAAUAACAAGUUUCAAAUAAAUGUGGUAGUGG